AAGAAAACCGUUUCCGACAAUGGGAGCAACAUUUGAUUGCGGAACGCGAUCGUCUUAAUAAAGACUUGGAAGCUGAACACUCGCAAAUCAAAGCCCUAGAAUCCGAAUUGGAACAGGUUCAAGGAGCUUUAAGCAAUCGAAGUGGCAGAAGAUAA